GUCGUUGCACGCAACUUGAACUAGAUAACUGUGAUGAUACAUCUAACAUUUUUUUGUUCUAAUCAAAAGGAAGUGGUUAUCGAUAAAGACUACGAAAAUAUUAAAAAAGUUUUACUACAAAGUUUAAAAUUAAAUAAAUAUGACGAUGAAACAUUUAAGAAAAAUGAAAUAUAUUUCGUUCACAAAAAUUUGUGGGAAAAAGUACGUAAAACACAUCUAUCAUCUUCUCAUUUUUUCUAUGUUUGUACAUUUAAUCAAACAAAAGACAAGGAAUUAUUCUUAAAAAAAACAUUACGCAUUCAUAAUAAAACAACUGAUACCAAAGAUAAUAUCCCGUUUGCUGUGCAAUAUGGCACAGUUAAUGAGCCCAACGCAAUAGAACUUUUUGAAAAGAAAAUGAACACAAAGAUUAAACCAUGUGGUCUAUUUUUUGAUGGAAACAUUAACUAUUUAACAGCAAAACCAGAUGGUUUAAUUGGGAAAGAUGGUAUUAUUGAAAUAAAAUGUCCAGUUAAGGCCCAAUAUAUGACUCCCGAAAAAGCUAUAAAAGAUAAAGUGAUAAAAUAU